CUGUGUGCCAGGCAGCCAGUACACCGAGUCCAUCUGCACUGUCCUGCGUCCCAGAACGGAUGGGCGAACGCAGGCGCUGUAAUUUUCAACUCGCAAGAUGUACUGAGUAAACGGAUAGAAAAAACGAUACGAUUUAGCUUUUCAGGCAUAUCAUUCAAACAUUGCGGAUUGUAUUGCUUUCAACAAAACGGAGGCAAUAAUGGAGGAAUCCACAACACAGAAACUGGUGUGGGAUGGAGAUGCCAAGGUAGUCCAGCAGUGUCUCACGGAUAUUUUAACCAGCGUGUACACGACUUGCGACGUGCCAGAAAAUGCCAUUUUUGGACCUUGCGUUUUGAGCCACACUUCGUUGUACGACAGUAUCGCUUUUAUUGCGCUCAAAUCUACGGACAAGCGAACUGCGCCUUACAUUUUUAGGGUGGACACUUCGACAACCAGCUGCUCCUCUGAUGGUCUCAUGUGGUUACGGUUGGUCCAGUCUGCCAGGGAUAAGGAGGAGCAAAACCUCGAGGCCUAUGUGAAGAACGGUCAGCUGUUCUAUAGAUCCCUGAAGCGAAUUGAGAAAGAUGAUGAGUUACUGGUGUGGUACGGGAAAGACCUGAUCGAUCUCCUGCUGCUCAGUUUUAGCAGAGCUCAAGCAAAGAACAAAGGAUCUCCUCCAUUUGUGUGCACAGACUGCAACCAGCGAUUCCAGUUUGAGUUUCCCUUCCUGGCUCAUCUGAGAUUUUGUUGCGCCAAAAGACUACAAAGCAUCCACAGCCUAAAUGAGGACUCCAAACAUAACUGUGAGCAAGCUAACAUGGCUCUUGCAAGGUCUAGCCCCAAGUUGGCCAGGUCAGAGGUCUCCAUUACCUCACAGGAUGGAAAACCUUCCAUGGACUUCCACAACUUAGCCAGGGAUCUUGAAAACAACAGGACCAGUCCGACACACGGUAAAGAUGCUGAAAUUAGGAGCGAGAGCAACAACAAGAGGAAAUUUUCUGAUGUAGAGGAGAACAGGAAUGGAAGCUUGUCGCAGCCUUUCAAGUCAAAGGAAGAUUUAGUGAACUCGGCACAGCAGUACCUAGGGGCAUAUGCUUUGGAAGGGAACAGGCAGGCAUUUUCUCACUCCAACCUUGAAACUCCAGAAAUCAAAAGGAGUGCUUUCACCGAGGUCAAGAAGGCACUGCAGAGCCUCAAACACAGUGCCAAGAACCUGAGCUCCAACACCGAGAACAAGGGCAGUGGAAGGCCAAGCAGUGGCCCGUUGGAGAAGCAGCUGAACAUGAGGCAGGUCUUGAUGGAGACGCAGCCUCAGUGCCGCAUUGAGAGCUCCUCACUGGCCAGCGCCUUCACCUCUGUGUCUCAGCCCAUCGGCAGCUCGGAGAGGAAGAGUGCUUUCAGCCAGCCGGCCCGGUCCUUUUCACAGUUAUCGCCCCUGGUCAUGACACCGAAGCUUCUCCCCCCUGUGGACUGUCACCCAACCAUUCAGGACACCAUCUCCUCCAGCAGACUUUACCAGCCUGAACACCUGACUGCUAAGCUCCAGAGCUCUGAGCUAGGCAGCAAUUGUCCGGUUCCAGCUGGUAUCCCCAAACAGAGCCCCUUUCUUUAUGCAACAGCGUUUUGGCCAAAGACCUCUGGACCUAUCCAGCUGCAGAUGGCUUCUGCGCUCACUCUCCUCCCUCCCUCCUUCACCUCGCUCUGCCUCCCUGCCCAGAACUGGUGUGCCAAAUGUAACGCUUCUUUCCGCAUGACCUCUGACCUGGUUUACCACAUGAGGUCCCACCACAAAAAAGAAUACGCCUUGGAGCCCCUGAUAAAGCGACGGCGAGAGGAGAAGCUGAAGUGUCCCAUCUGCAACGAGUCGUUCAGGGAGCGGCAUCACCUCUCGCGACACAUGACGUCUCACAACUAGCUUUUUUUGUGGAAAUGCUCAUUCAAUGACAUUAUUCGCCGCUACUAUCAAAAUGGGAUUAUUGUUUAAAUGGAGUCACAGUCUUUUCUUCAUUUCAAAAGGAUAUUGGGUUUUUUUUCCCCCUCAAAUCUCAUGUUUUCAGCAUAUGCAAAAGCAUUUUGACCAUGAGAAAAAACUAAGCACUUACUUUGGGAAUAAAUGAGAUGCUAAUUAUGUAUGUAGAUGUAAGUUGUAUUUUAUAUUUACAGAAAAUAAAUAAAGUGUAGGUGCAUUUAAUUGGAUAUUUUUUCAUGUUAUUAAUUAAGGGUUAAUUAUUGAAAUACGUUGGAUUAUGAUGUCCGAUUAUAUGCGAGUGCAUGUAAUAUUAAAUAGAUUGAUUUAAUAUGCAGUCUAUAAAAACAUUGUAAAUAGCAGUUUUUUCCCUGUUUUUCCAAAUAUAAAGUGUAAUAUUUUGUGUGUGUGGUAUAGUUUCAGUGUUUCUUCAUUUUGCUGAAAUUUACUACAUGAUACUUUAUCUAAUCAUGUUGAAUGCUUUCCCAAUAAAAUAGCUUUAUUUU